UCCGUACACUUAUAACCUGUCAUAUGGGAUAAACGAAACAAGCCAGUAACACUAACAGACCAAGACUCGAAUAUUGCUCGGAGAAAAUCAGCUAAAAGUUAUAUUUUCCAGCAUUUUCCUAACCAAUAUCCUGCUGAUUUUCCUGCUCAUUUCCCGGCUCAGUAAGCUCUCGAUUGGCCAAGAUGCCCAUGGUCCUGGGUUGUCGCGCUCGAAAUGCAUUAAAGCUCCAUCCGGAUUGCUAUGAUCGCCUCAAGAGGCCCAUUUACAUGGAGCCACCACCUUCCACGAACACAGUAAAGGACGAACCGUGCGGCAGUCGCCGGGACAAGCCAGUGAAACCGAAGGAACAAAAAAGAACCCUACCGCCGGGAACCAUACCACCAAGACCGCUGCCAGGGCCACAGCCAGGACAAAGGACUGGCGGCAGUAAGGCACCACCUCGGGCUCGUAAUUAUGACGGAGCCAAGGCCACGUUCUUUCACAUCAAGGGCCAGCCGUGGGAGUCCAAGGGCUACGCAGAGCUCUCUAAGAACGACCUGGAUCGGAUGCGAGGAUGGCGGCCACCGACUGUCGAGGAGCGGCGGGCCGAGCAGGAGCGCCAGCUGGAGGAGCAGAGCUUCCAGACAGCCGAGGCCGAACGGAUGCGUACAUAUUUCCACGACAUCGACGAGCAGCGGCGGGAAAAAGAACGCGAGGCCCAGAAAAAAGUCGACGCCGAGGCGGAUGAAGACAUUGACGAAGACCGCAAAGUGGAGGCAAAGAGACUACAGGUGCUCCAUCGGGCCCUGGACGCCAAGUAUGAGUCCGAUGUGCGGGUCAAGGAAGCCACUCGAGCCAUCUCCGAGGCCAAGUGCAGUGCCAUGUGGACGGCCCAGAUUCAGGAGCGGAAGCUUCUCGAUCGCAUCCAAAGCGACCAUGACGAGGAGAUGGCCCGAAAGAAUCUACUGUAUAACAACUCCAAGUGGGGCACCGUCGAGCAGAACGACCAGAAGGAGGAGGAGCGGCGCAAACAGUUCGGCAUGGCAGUGCGGGAGCAGAUCAAGGACCGGGAGCAGCUCCGGUUCAUGGCCGAGGACCGAGUCCGGGCGGAUGCCCGCGAGCUGCGCGCCGCCAUCGAUGAGGUCAAGAAGGCCGAGGCCGCCGAGGUGGACUCCCGUUCCAAGCGAAAGGUUGCCUACCGCGAGGAGCUCAAUACGUACAUGCAGCUACACAAGGACUUUGUUCGCAUGAUGUGCGAGCAGGAUCAGCGGGACGAGAUCCGUGCCUAUGAGUACCGCAAGCUCAAGGAGAAGCAACUCCGCGAACAGAGGGCCGAACGCGAGGCCAUCGAGGCGGAUGCGCAACAGAAGCGGAAUGUCCUCUUCGCAGUGGGCCAAAAGGCCCUCGACGCUAAGGGCAAUCGCGAGGAGAUGCACUACCUCGCCGAGGUCGAGCGGAUGGAGCGCAAGUACAGGGAGAACGAGCGCAAGGCCGCCGAGAAGGAACGCCGUUUGGCCGCCGAUAUCAAGAAGGCCAACUUGGAGCACAUGGAGCACCUUAGCCAGAUGAAGGCCUGUUACUACGUUCAGCGGGAGCGAGAGAUUAAAGAGAUGAUCGAGUACCAGGCCAAGUUAGAGGAGCAGAUGAAGCGCGAGGCCGACGAGCAGGAGCUCAAGAAGCACUGCCUGCGCACGGGCGUCUCCUGCCAGAUUGAGGAGCGGGAGAAGGCCCGUCGCCGGGAGUUGGAGGACGAGCGCCUGGCCAUCGAGCGGGAGAAGGCUGCAGAGGCCCAGCGCCAGAAGGAGAUCGAUACCGUGAUCACCGUGAAGCUGGAUGACCUCCAGAAACGCGGCUGUCUGCCCAGCAUGGCGGUGCGUUCGCUCAAGGGACGUGUGGCCAAUGCCGGUCUCAAAAAGAAGUUUGGCUCUGAAUAUAGUUAGAUUUAAUCAUUAUCCAUGUAGUUAAAUGACACCCACUGGCACACUCCCCAAAUCCCAAACCACAAACCUCGUUUACAAUGGCAUUUGUUGGCUUUUCAGAAUUAAAACCUGCAGCACAGUGAAAGUGUUCGGAA